AUGCCAUUCUCACACUCCCAGACCAUGCGCAUGAUCGCCUACACCUUUGCAGUCGUGCUGACCGGCUUCGGCAUCAACGCCAUGUCGAACCCUGUCUCUGCACUGUCGUUCUUCGAGCUCGAAUACCCGAGUCUUGCUUCGGAGAGAAAGGUCGUUGAUGUCCUGCUGUUGGUCUACGGUGCCCGAGACAUAUUCAUGGGCUUCAUGCUAUUCGUCACGGCGUUCUUCGGCAGCCCCAAGGCAACUGGCUGGACCUUCAUCGGGUGUUGGAGCCAUGGCAGCUGUGGACGGCGUGGUCUGCAAGUAUGUGGUCGGAGCGGGUGA